AUGUCUGUAAAAGUUUGGUAUGUCACUGGAUGUUCAAAUGGAAUUGGAAAGUCAUUGGUCCAAGAGUUAUUGAAAUCAGGUGCAAAGGUGGCUGGAACAUCAAGAUCAAAGCAGAGUCUGAUUGAAGUAUUUGGUGAAGAUAAUCAAAACUUCUUGGCAUUGGAAGUAGACCUCACAAAUGAUGCAAGUGUACAUCAAUCAAUAUUAGCCACAACCAACAAGUUUGGAACAAUAGAUGUCUUGGUGAAUAAUGCUGGAUUUGGACAAGUUGGCUCGGUUGAAGACCUCACAGACAACGACCUUCAGAAGAACUUUGAGAUCAACUUCUUUGCCCCACUCAGAUUGAUCAGACAUGUUGCCCCUCUGAUGCGUGCCAAGAAGAGUGGACACAUUAUCAAUGUUUCGUCCAUGGGUGCCCUCGUGCCCUACCCCUGUUUCUCAAGUUAUUGUGCGACCAAGAGUGCACUGAACACUGCAACCGAGACACUGGCGAUUGAGUUGAAACCAUUUGGAGUCAAAGCAUUCUCGAUCAAUCCAGGUGCAUUCAAGUCUGACUUUUUCAAUCCGACCAAGAUGCAGAUGCCCGACUUCGAGUCUAGUGUUUACAAGGAGCAGUACAACAAAGCAUUUGUUGAGAAUCUAUGUAUGUUCAAUGUAGGCGAUCCAAUCAGAUUGGCCCAUGUGUUCAUCAAAGUUGUCGAUCACCAAGGUGAGCUUCCCGUUCAUAUCUAUGUUGGAGAGGAUGCACAUACAACUGUUCGAGUCAAGGCUCAACAUAUCAUCAAUGAUCUUGAUGUCUGGAGCCACCUAACCAGGUUUAAUUAA